ACUUCAUCAUGUACAUCUUAUAUGUACGUCAUAUCAUUCGCAACGUAGAUUCAACAUUUAAUUAGAGGAACUAAGUCAUCUGUUGUCGACAGCGACGGCCAAAAUAAACGAUGAGUUAUAUGGUUAAUUGGAUCAUACAUAGGAGAAUUUAUAAACCAAUGUAAAAGAUUUCUGUUUACGUGUUUAGAGUACUUAGAUCAAAAAAGUAAAAGAUUCGAUUAAUGUAAUAGUUAAAAGCUUGCCGUCUGAGAAAGAGUGUAUCAAUUUAGUGCUACAUAGACAUCGGAAAAGCAAACUUGCAUGGAAUGUGGAAUUCAUAUUUUCGACGAAUAUUCACUCGGAUUUGAAGGAUCAUCCUGGCACAAAGACUGUAUAAAAUGCUGUUUAUGCUUAAAGCCGCUUAUCGAAUCGACAAAAUGCUUCAUGAAAGAUAAUCGACUCUACUGUCGAGAAGACUAUAUAAACACUUUUUCCAAGAAAUGUUCAAAAUGUUUCCGUCCAAUAACAUCCAUGGAUUGGGCUCGUCGAGCCAAAAACCUAAUAUUCCAUCUAGCAUGUUUUUCGUGUGACCUAUGCGAUCGACAACUUUCAACUGGUGAAGAUUUUGCAUUAAUGGCCGAACAGAUCUUAUGCCGCGAACACUAUUUAGAAACAGUUGAAGUAGAGACAGGGUCUAGUGACGGAAGUAUUGUCGGCGAAGAUGGUAACAAAAAGAAAAUCAAAAGAAUUCGAACAGCAUUUACCGAAGAACAACUCGAGGUUCUGCAAUCAAACUUUCAAAUCGAUUGCAAUCCAGAUGGUCAGGAUUUAGAACGUAUCGCUCUUAAUGCUGGAUUAAGUAAGCGUGUCACACAAGUUUGGUUUCAAAACGCUCGGGCUCGUCAGAAGAAGCAUUCAUACUUUGGAAAGCGAAAAAAUCCAUACCCUAUGAACGGAGACAGUUCUUACACAUCGUGUCAUUUGAAUAGUUUUGUACAAAAUCAACAAAUAGGAUCACAUACAUCACUAAACGUUCAACUUCAGGGCAGUGUGCUGUUAUAAAGAACUUAAGCACGGAGAACCUGAAAGGAAUGUGCUCUCUUUUUGAAAUUGCAAUAAUUUUAAAAAUCAAAAUUUGUAAAUAGAAAAAUGCCGCAAUAUUACGUAAUAAUAAAGAUGAUUUUACUACAGA